CAUUAGAUAACUAAUUUUGUUCCAAAAAAUAUUUAUCGUAACGUCAAAAUAAACCGAAAAGCCCAUAUCCAAACACCGCCACCAUUGUCUUGCUCUCUUUCGUAGCUGUUUCUCUUUCAAAUCCUACUUUUACCAGACUACUGGCCGUAGACUAGAGUGUCUCCUCCACUCGUUUGAGCUCCGGCGUAUUUCAUCACCACCGAUGCCUCCGCUUCCUUAAGUAAAUUUAAAGCAUCUUUGAAUCAAAACAGAAGAUCUGGCUUCAUAUUAAACAUUUCAACGUGAAUUUUAGGAAUACUGCGAUAUUCUCAACAUAUUCGCUUUGAAGAACCAUUCAUCCACCUUCUACAUAACCGAAACUUCAUUCGUUCCCUUCAAGAUGGCGAGAUUUCUGUUGAUUGUAUUCGUUGUCCUCUGCUUCCUUUCAAGUUUUAUCACAGUCAACACUCAGAGAACUCGAAGGUCCUCUAAUGGUAGAACUAGAAAACAGCUACGAUUUGAUAAAAAGAAGGGCGAGUUUAAGGUUCUACAGGUGGCUGACAUGCACUAUGCCGAUGGCCGAAAGACUCCAUGUGAAGAUGUCUUGCCCAACCAGCUUUUCCAUUGCUCUGAUCUCAACACCAGUGUCUUCAUCAACCGAAUGAUCAAAGCUGAAAAACCCGACCUCAUUGUUUUCACAGGAGACAACAUCUACGGAUUUGAUGCAACAGAUGCAGCAUCCUCCAUGAACGCAGCUUUUGCCCCUGCAAUCUCAUCAAACAUCCCAUGGGCUGCAGUUUUAGGCAACCACGACCAAGAAUCAACCUUAUCAAGAGCAGGUGUUAUGAAACAUAUUGUUACAAUGAAGAACACAUUAUCUCAACUCAAUCCUGAAGGUAUUGAAAUCAUAGAUGGUUUUGGGAAUUACAAUCUUGAAGUCCAUGGAGUUGAAGGAACAAGCUCAAUGAACAAAUCGAUUCUCAACUUAUACUUUCUUGAUAGUGGCGAUUACUCCACAGUAUCUUCAAUCCCUGGAUAUGGAUGGAUCAAACCAUCUCAACAGUUUUGGUUUCAAGAAACAUCUAGAAAGCUUCAAAAGGCAUCAAAAGCACCUGGACUUGCGUAUUUUCACAUCCCAUUACCAGAGUAUGCACGGUUUGACAAGUCAAACUUUACGGGUGUGAGACAAGAAGGGAUAAGUUCUGCUUCUGUGAACUCAGGGUUCUUUACAACUUUAGUUGAGACAGGUGAUGUGAAGGGUGUUUUCACUGGACAUGAUCAUUUGAAUGAUUUUUGUGGGAAGUUGAGUGGGAUUCAUCUUUGUUAUGGUGGAGGGUUUGGGUACCAUGCGUAUGGGAAGGCAGGGUGGUCAAGAAGGGCGAGGGUGGUGGUGGUUUCUUUAGGGAAGGAUGAAAAUGUGAAGAGUAUUAGAACAUGGAAGAGGCUUGAUGAUGAAAAGUUGAGUGCCAUUGAUGAACAGGUUCUUUGGAGGCGGAGUUCAUCUGGGAGUCGUAGGAAGAAGCCACCUGUUGUUAACCGUGGUUGAAUCAUCCGGGAGUUUUGGAGAUUUGGGUUUGGUUGAAAUUUUAGACAAGAUUUUGAAUCUUGUUGUAAUUUACACUGUUAUAGGGUAUAAGGUUAGGUUGGUCAAUAAGAGGUAUCUUUACUAUCUUGGUCACAAUGUGAUCUUUUUUGUUAGGAAUUGAGAAGUGAAAGAGGUAGGUGGUUGGUAGUAGGCUCUUAUAUCUAGUAAUGUUAUUUCUUUGUGGCUAGAAAUGAAUGAAGUCAAAGUAUUGUUAUUUUUUAUGCA